UGAGAAAGUGGCGAAAAUACACAACACUGAUGGAUCUCCCAGCUCUACUAAAAAGCCAAGAGUUAUAAUCACAUUGCUUGGAAUAAGUUAAUAAUUUAGCUAUUAGCCUUACCACUCGAGGGGAUUACAACAGUAUCCAUGAGACUUCUCAAACCGGGCUGGGUCCAUCAUGACGACAAACCUAUCUUUUCGGUGGAUAUCCAUCAGGAUUGCACAAAGUUUGCAACAGGUGGUCAGGGUAAUGAUUCCGGACGUGUGGUCAUAUGGAACCUUAAGCCGGUGCUAUCGGAGAAGGAUGAGAAUGAUGCAUCUGUGCCAAAGAUGCUAUGCCAGAUGGACCAGCAUUUGGCCUGUGUCAAUUGUGUGCGCUGGUCGCAAAAUGGACUACUCCUCGCCUCUGGAUCGGAUGAUAAGCUUAUCAUGAUUUGGCGCAAAUCCCAAGGAUCAAGUGGUGUCUUUGGUACCGGCGGCAUGCAAAAGAAUCACGAGUCAUGGAAGUGCUGUCACACGCUGCGCGGCCAUGCUGGCGAUGUACUUGACUUGGCCUGGUCACCCAACGAUAUAUAUUUAGCCAGCUGUAGCAUAGACAACACGGUUAUCAUAUGGGAUGCUCGAUCAUUCCCGAUGAUGGUCACAGUGCUCAGAGGUCACACCGGCUUGGUUAAGGGGGUAACAUGGGAUCCGGUGGGGCGUUACUUGGCCUCACAGUCGGACGAUCGCAGUGUCAAGAUCUGGAGUACAGUGGACUGGACCUGCUCCAACACCGUCACCGAACCGUUUGAAGAGUGUGGCGGUACUACACAUAUAUUGCGACUCUCCUGGUCACCAGAUGGCCAGUAUUUGGUGUCUGCCCAUGCCAUGAAUGGCGGUGGACCCACAGCCCAGAUAAUCGAGCGCGAGGGCUGGAAGUGUGAUAAAGAUUUCGUUGGCCACCGCAAGGCGGUAACAUGUGUGCGCUUCCACAAUUCCAUAUUGAAGAGAGCCGCUUCUGCUGCGUCCGGAUCAGAUGCUGGCGGCAGUGGCAAGCCAACACAAUACUGUUGCCUUGCUGUGGGUUCCAGAGAUCGUUCGCUAUCCGUUUGGCUGACAGCAUUACAGCGACCCAUGAUUGUGAUCCAUGAGCUGUUCAAUGAUAGCAUUCUGGAUCUCUCCUGGGGACCCAAGGAAAGAUUGCUAAUGGCCUGCAGUGGAGAUGGGAGCAUUGCUUGCCUACAAUUUGCUGAUGAUGAGCUGGGAACUUCGCUGUCCGAAGACGAUAAAAAUGGCAUAUUUCAGCGUUUGUAUGGUAAAUCCAUUGGCAAUGGAUUAGGUAUCCCCGAAAGUGGCUUUAAUAUUCUAGUCGAGAAUCCCGAACUAGCGGGCCAAGCUCUUGCCGGUAAAGCUGGUGGAACAAGUAAAAUAGCUCCGCCCAUGCUAAUGCCAGAGCUCGAGGGGAGUGUUCCGUUUGCUAGGCCAAGCUUAGACCGUCUCUCGUCCGCAUCUCAAGCGCCAAUUCAGCAAAAACCCAUUAGCAAGCAAACAGAGACUCGAACCAAGGAUGGCAAACGGAGAAUAACGCCGAUGUUUAUACCGUUAAAUGAGCAAGAUGAUUUCUAUCAAACGACCACCAGCGCUGCCGUUGCCAGUAGCUCAAUUUUAACCUCCUCCUCCGUGUCCGCCACUGCGAGUAAAUCAUCCGAAGAUGUUGCAACUUCUGCACCAGUAUCCGAUGACGCGAAGCUCUCCAAGAAUGUUGAUUAUCGCUUCGAUCCACGCCUUAAAAUGGUAGCACCUGGUCUACGCCGUCAACCCAUUCCCUUUGACAUUGCCGAGCUAGAAGGCUUCCCUCGUGCGUUGGACUUAAACCAAAAUGUUCCACCUGCCGCUAAAGAUGGUGAACAGGCUAGUAGCCUGGCACCCAAACUAAAUAUAACGCCAACUAGUAAAUGUGAGUUUGUCAAACAGACAUUUCAACAUCGCAUUCAUGUGUCGAAUGGACACCUGAAAACAUCGCAGGGCAUGUUGGCAAAGGUAACGGCCGGCUCCAUCGACCCAAUAGGCAUAUUGUGGGAAUUCUAUGUGGGCUCACCUGUGGUCAAUGUGAAUCUAUGUAAGAAAUAUUGUAUGCUUUGCUCCCUAGAUGGCAGUAUGCGUUUGCUGUCCAUCCAAACCGGCUCUCCAGUAUUUCCAGCCAUAUCUCUAUCCAGUUCUGCCAUCCAUUGCGCCUUUAGUCCUGAUAAUGAACUCGUCGGUGUUUUGACCGAAUGCGGCAUCCUGCGAAUAUGGAAUAUUGUUAAACGAAACGUUCACAUGGCUGCCAGUUGCCAGGAGCUGCUGGAUAAGCACGGCACGGCUGUUAAUUUCAUGAUAACUGAUCAGGGGAUGCCAUUAAUUGGUUUUCCCAAUUGCAAUUCGUAUUCGUAUUCAGUGAAUUUGCAAUCUUGGCUAGUAUUGGCCACUAGAGAUCCCAUCAUGUAUACUGGCAUUCGCGGCACACUACCUCGUCAAAUGGAUGGGGUCAAUCAGAAAUUUCCAUUGCUCAGCAUGCAGGCCAAUAGUCAGAAUUAUUAUAGUCUAAGGAGUUCCCAGGAAACGAAUACGGAAAGUUGGCAACAACCGGCCAAAUUUAUAUUUAUCGAAAAUCAAAUUAAACUUUGUGAAGCCUUGGAAUCGCUUGAUGAAUUCAAGCAUUGGCACAUGAUGAUGGUCUUUCAAUUGGCCGCAUAUGGCAGUGAGCAUCGUUUGAGAUUGUUUCUGGAUGAUUUACUCAACAAUCCGGAACCGGGUAUUCCACAGUUUGUGCCCAAAACUGAACUGAUGCAGUGCGUCUUGGACACUUUAAAACCGCAUGUUCAAUGGCAAAGACUUUAUGCCGAAUAUGUUGAAGUUUUCAAAUUCUGUCGUAGUCAGCGAAAUGAAGAUAUCUUUGCAACACCCGCCCAACCAGCACACACUCCAGCGCCUGCAGCAGCAGCAGCAACAGAAACAGCAACGCCGCAAUCCCCGCCAACAACUGCUGGGUCAUCUGACCCGUCAGAUAAGCACAGCAUGGAUAUUGCUGCUGCCAGUGCCUGUAUUGAGCAAUUGUUUACAAAUCCUUCAUUUAGAACUGAAAUUGCAGAGUCGAUGUCAUCGGAGUCAUCAAACACGGCAGCGGCAUCCACCUCGGCAUCAACAAAAGCAGCGGCAUCCACCUCGUCAUCAACAAAAUCAGCGGCAACGCCGGUAACGGGGACGUCGGAAACGGAAAAAUCUUGAACUAACUCAAAUCGGAUAGUCUGGACUGAAUACACUCAUUCACACACACCACCACCACCAUCAUCAUCCACCAACAUUAUUAAUUCAUUGGCUUACAAAGCUAGAAAACGAAACAAAAACAUUUUUGUUUUAAUUUCAUUGUAUCGAUACACAACAAGUUGUCCUUUACUUUUUGUCAAUAUAUUUUUAAGAAGAAAAAAAAAAAGCAAAACAAAACGAAGAUAUUGG